GUGACAGCCCGGAAGCCGCGGAAGCGGAUGAAGGAAGAGCGGCCGUGGCCGCGGGGGGCGGCGCGGAGCUGCGGGAGCUGCUCUCCUCCUCCGGGGCUCCUGCGCUGCCCUCAUGCGGCCCUCUUGUUGACACCUGAGGCCCGCCACUCUUGGGCCUCCGAGGGCCGCGGGGUCGUCCGGCCCUCCGGCCUUGGCGGUUGAAGUCGUCUUGGUGCGGGCCCCAUGGAGAAGGCCGGGCGCGGUAGCGAGGGUGGCCCCCGGGGGCCUGUCCUGCACAUCGUGGUGGUCGGCUUUCACCACAAGAAGGGCUGCCAGGUUGAAUUCUCRUACCCACCCCUGAUUCCAGGAGAUGGACAUGACAGCCACACUUUGCCUGAAGAAUGGAAAUAUUUGCCCUUCCUUGCCUUACCAGAUGGUGCACACAAUUACCAGGAAGAUACUGUGUUUUUUCACUUGCCACCCAGAAAUGGAAAUGGAGCCACCGUUUAUGGUAUUUCUUGCUAUCGACAAAUUGAAGCCAAGGCAUUGAAAGUAAGGCAAGCAGAUGUCACCAGAGAAACUGUUCAGAAAAGUGUCUGUGUUCUAAGCAAGCUGCCCCUCUAUGGCUUACUUCAAGCAAAACUUCAACUCAUUACACAYGCAUAUUUCGAAGAGAAGGAUUUUUCCCAAAUUUCCAUUCUAAAGGAGCUUUAUGACCAUAUGAAUAGUUCCUUGAGUGGAACUUCAUUAGAAGGAUCCCAAGUAUAUCUUGGUCUGUCUCCUCGAGAUCUUGUCCUUCAUUUUCGACACAAGGUCUUAAUCCUGUUUAAACUCAUUCUUCUUGAAAAAAAGGUUCUUUUUUAUAUUUCUCCAGUGAAUAAAUUGGUGGGUGCACUGAUGACUGUGUUGUCCCUUUUUCCAGGCAUGAUUGAACAUGGUCUCAGUGACUGUUCUCAGUACAGGCCCCGGAAGAGUAUGUCUGAAGAUGCUGGUCUUCAGGAAAGUAAUCCUCCUGCAGAUGAUUUUGUUUCUGGGUCAGCUUCUAACAUGUCAAAUACCAAUUUGGGAACUGACAAGAAAAUCAUAGCAGGAAACCAUGGAGGAGAUGCUUCCAUCAAGACUGAAAAGCCUUUUUUCCAACUAGAACAUGACAGCAGUAAAGGACAGGAACCCAGUGAUACUAAUCAAUAUUUGAAACCUCCAUCUCGUCCAUCUCCAGAAUCUUCAGAAAGUGACUGGGAGACCUUGGAUCCUAGUGUCUUAGAGGAUCCCAACCUGAAAGAAAGGGAACUGGUGGGGUCAAACCAGACAAACUUAUUUCCAAAAGACUCUGUGCCCUCAAAUAGUACUCCAAUUACUGUACAACCUCAAGCCAAUAUGGGGCAGGUGGUCCUGAUACCAGGGCUUAUUUCAGGUUUGGAAGAGGACCUGUAUGGCAUGCCCCUGGCCAUCUUCACAAAGGGAUAUCUGUGCUUGCCCUACAUGGCAUUGCAGCAGCAUCAUCUUCUCUCUGAUGUCACCGUUCGGGGAUUUGUUGCUGGAGCUACUAACAUCCUUUUUCGACAACAAAAACACCUCAGUGAUGCCAUUGUGGAAGUAGAAGAAGCUCUGAUCCAAAUCCAUGAUCCAGAACUCAGGAAGCUACUUAACCCAACCACUGCAGACCUAAGAUUUGCUGAUUACCUGGUGAAGCACGUGACUGAAAACCGAGAUGACGUCUUCCUGGAUGGCACUGGCUGGGAGGGAGGUGACGAAUGGAUCCGGGCCCAGUUUGCAGUCUAUAUCCAUGCCCUGCUGGCUGCUACAUUGCAGUUAGAUAAUGAAAAGAUAAUAUCGGACUAUGGGACAACUUUUGUUACAGCAUGGAAGAAUACUCACAACUACAGAGUAUGGAACAGCAACAAGCAUCCAGCACUUGCAGAAAUAAAUCCAAACCAUCCAUUUCAAGGCCAGUACUCAGUAUCAGACAUGAAGUUAAGAUUCUCUCAUUCUGUUCAGAAUAGUGAACGUGGCAAAAAAAUUGGAAACGUCAUGGUCACAACUAGCCGGAAUGUUGUACAAACAGGAAAAGCUGUUGGUCAGUCAGUUGGAGGAGCUUUUUCCAGUGCAAGGACAGCUAUGUCUUCAUGGCUUUCUACCUUCACCACAUCUGCCCCCCAGAGUCUCCCCGAGCCCCCCGAUGGGAAGCCCUGAGGCUGGUAGCAGAGGCUGCAUGGCUCUCUUAGGUGUUAAGUGCUCCUGUCCAUCUGCUGCUCCCAACCUCUCCUUCACUGGCCCUGGGUCCACAGCAGGGGACUGAGACGUAGAACUGUUUACAUGGACAGUUGCACUUUUUCUAAAUGAAGACCACUGGAUGCUAAAAAGAUGAAAUCACAUCCAUGGCAGGAAUGGGCUUGGGGUUUAAAUUGACUCCAGGUUGGGGUUUAAAUUGACUACUUUUAUUUCAUUUUAUUUCAUUCUGAGCCUGAUUAAAACACAGUGAACACACAAUGAACAUCUAAUGAAUUCUGAGAUGUACAUUUGUUUACUUUAGAAAAGUUUUUACUUAUGUAUAUUUUGUUCUAUUUUGCUAUUUGAAUAUCUAGAUGGCCAUUUUAAUUUAUAUUUGCUAAAAUUAAGUUAUACUAUUAUUUUAAUUUCUCUAAAGUUAACCCUAAAAUGUGUUUAUAAAGUUAAAAGGCCACACAGUCCAGCCUUUGUUUUCCUGAGUUAGAGGAUGAUUUUUGGUUUGUUUUUUCUACCCACAAAACACAUUUAUCAAAUCAUUUCUUCCCAGAACUGUGAAUGUCAGAAGGGGAAGUUCUGAGGUUAGGGUGUCGUUUUCGGUUUUUUAAUUUGUUCCUUCCUGACGAACUUGCUUUGAAGCAGCCAGGAGUGUCACUGUGUUCCCGUCCUCUUGUCCUCUUCCUAAGCGAGCCAGAGAAUAUGCAGAGAACUAACAUAGUGACGGUGACCGUGGUGUUGGAGCAGUUUGACAUGAAUGUGUGUGGGGCAGUGCUCUCCAAGACCAAUGUGUUGCUUCCAUCAACCCUAGUCAAGUUACUGCCUUUAUUUUUUUUUUUUUAAUCCAAAGUUUGUGCCUUCUAUUUCUUCUUUUGAAUAGUUUUCCAUUGACAGACCUAGACAGGUUUUUUUCUCUUAGCUUUGUUUUGUUUUGGGGUGGGGUUUGGUUUGGUUUGGUUUUGUUUUUUGUUGUUUUAUG